GAGUGAGUGUUUCACAGGAUCCAGGCCUAGUACUGUUGCCGCUGGGACUCUCCUCAUCCGCUCUCAAAAAACUGGAAAUUGGCGCAUUUAAAGGCGUCAAUGAGCGGGUCGAGGGUCACGUUCGCGGUGACCGACACCGGAAUGGGAGGAACCAUGCCAGCAUGAGCGGGCCUUACUCGGGCCCUCACCAGUCCAGCUGCCCUUUGACCCCAGGCCGUGACCUCUCCAGACACCAUGACCACCGCAUCGGCCUAACCAUGUCUGCCGCUGCCUCCUCCCUCAAGCAUGUGUACGGGUUCACGCAGAGGGACCACUCCUCCUCCACCUCCUCCUCCUCUUCGUCCUCCUACAGUCCUCUCAGGAGGCUGCAGCACCUCACCUCCAUGGUGAGCCAGCCGGACCUGGUCCUGCCGGCAAGGGAGACGGAGAGGAGCUGGGAGUGGGGGGUGAGUAAGAAGGAGAGGGACUCCUGGGGUGACGGUGGCGAUUAUUCCGGCUCCCAGAACGCCAGCCGGGAGGAGAGCUUCGGUAAACCCUCGAAACAACCUGCGGUCCAAACCGGAAACAGAGACGCGCCGGCAGCCAAUCAACCCGAGAAAAAGACAGAAGCUUGUUUCUCGGCCCCACUGAGUCCGGCCUUCUCCCUGGACAGCAACAGUCCCUUCGCCAACGGCUUCCUUCACUUUGAAUCCUCUUUGUUUGGGGAUGAUGAGGAAGAGCGGGAGGCUGCGUCGCCUCAACGUGAGAGGGCGGGCAGUUUGGUUCUUCAUCCUGCUCCCGGAGACUCCAAGGAUGCUGCGCUGGCGUCGGCCAAGGUGGUCACCCGGUCCCAGUCCUCAGGGCAGCGCCGGAGGUACUGGGACGGCUCAGACGACGAGUGGGAGAGCGACACUGAGCUGUUCCUGCUCGGGGACAGUCCCUCGAGGCAUUCAAUGGGCGAUCCGUCCAGUUUGGAUCACAGUUUCUCCUCCGUGAAGGACGACCUGUCGCUGUGUGACGACCCGCUUUUACCCUCCAGGAAGAUCAUAGGUGAUCGAGGAGGCCCCGCCUCCAUGAAGGAGAACAUCUGUCAGGUGUGUGAGAAGACAGGUGAGCUGCUGCUCUGUGAGGGUCAGUGCUGUGGAGCUUUCCAUCUGCCCUGCAUCUCUCUGGCCGAGGCCCCGAAAGGGAAGUUUGUCUGUCCGGAGUGCAAAUCGGGCGUCCACACGUGCUUCGUCUGUAAGAAGCGCAGCGAGGACGUGCGGCGCUGUAUGAUUCCCGUCUGUGGGAAGUUUUACCACGGCGAGUGCAUCGCCAACUUCGCCCCGACCGCGCCGGUGAACCGAGGCUUCCGCUGCUCAAUCCACGUCUGUCUCACCUGCUUCAUCGCCAACCCGAGCAGCCCGUCCGUCUCUAAAGGUCGUCUGGUUCGGUGCGUUCGCUGCCCCGUGGCCUAUCACGCCACUGACCUCUGCAUGGCAGCGGGCUGCGUCGUCCUCUCCAACAACAGCAUCGUGUGUCCGAACCACUUCACCCCCCGCCGCGGCGUCAAGAACCACGAACACGUCAACGUCAGCUGGUGCUUCGUCUGCACCGAAGGGGGCAGUCUGCUGUGCUGUGAGUCCUGUCCUGCUGCCUUCCACCGGGAGUGUCUGAACAUGGAAAUGCCAAAAGGCAGCUGGUACUGCAACGACUGCAAGGCCGGGAAGAAACCUCGCUACAAGGACAUCCUGUGGGUGAAGGUUGGCCGGUACAGAUGGUGGCCGGCGGAGGUCAGUCAUCCCAAAACGAUCCCGGAGAACAUCCAGCGGAUGAGGCACGAUGUCGGGGAGUUUCCCGUUCACUUCUUUGGCUCCAACGACUACCUGUGGACCUACCAGGCCCGGGUCUUCCCUUAUAUGGACGUGGACGCCAACAGCAAAGAGAAGAUGGGGAAAGGUGUCGAUGCCACCUACAAGAAAGCUCUGGAGGAGGCGGCUGUUCGGUUUCGUGAGCUUCAGGCGGAAAAAGAGCUUCGACAGCUUCAAGAGGACAGAAAGAACGACAGGAAACCUCCUCCCUACAAACACAUAAAGGUGAAUCGACCAAUAGGGAAGGUUCAGAUCUUCACGGCCGACCUGUCGGAGAUCCCGCGCUGCAACUGUAAGGCGACAGACGAGAGUCCGUGUGGGACGGACUCCGAGUGCAUCAACCGGAUGCUGCUGUACGAAUGUCACCCACAGGUUUGCCCGGCGGGCGAUCGCUGCCUCAACCAGGCGUUCACUAAGCGUCAGUACAGUCAGGUGGAAAUCUUCAGGACGCUGUCUCGAGGCUGGGGACUCCGCUGUGUCCACGACAUCAAGAAGGGUCAGUUUGUGAGCGAGUACGUUGGGGAGGUGAUCGACGAGGAGGAGUGCAGGUCGAGGAUCCGACACGCUCAGGAGAACGACAUCUGUAACUUCUACAUGUUGACUCUGGACAAGGAUCGGAUCAUCGACGCCGGGCCGAAGGGGAACGAGGCCCGCUUCAUGAACCACUGCUGUCAGCCCAACUGUGAGACGCAGAAGUGGACGGUGAGCGGCGACACUCGGGUCGGGCUGUUCGCUCUGGUGGACGUCGCUGCAGGCACCGAGCUCACCUUCAACUACAACCUGGAGUGUUUGGGCAACGGGAAGACGGUUUGUAAAUGCGGAGCGCCGAACUGCAGUGGCUUCCUGGGCGUCAGGCCGAAGAACAAUCCUCCGUCUGACGACAAAGGCCGCAAGCUGAAGAGGAGGGGCCACGGCAAGAGGAAGAACAAGGUGGUGGUGACCAAAGAGCGAGAGGACGAGUGCUUCAGCUGCGGAGACGGCGGGCAGAUGGUUUCCUGUAAGAAACCCGGCUGCCCCAAAGUUUACCACGCCGACUGCCUCAACCUCACCAAGAGGCCCGCAGGUCGUUGGGAAUGUCCGUGGCACCAGUGCGAUAUUUGCGGUAAAGACGCGGCGUCCUUCUGCGAGAUGUGCCCCAGUUCCUACUGCAACCAGCACCGCGACGGCCUGCUCUUCAUCUCCAAGCUGGACGGAAAGCUGUGCUGCAGCGAGCACGACCCCUGUGGCCCCGAACCGCUGGAGCCGGGGGAGAUCCGGGAGUACGCGCCCGAACCCAGAUCCCUCCCCUCGGGUCUGGGCAUGGCCGUCAUCCCGUCCGCCGCCUCUAACGCCGCCGCCGGCGUGACCCCGAGCACCAGGAGGGUCCAGGAGAUCAGCGCCGGCUCCGAGUCACUUUCUGCUUUUUCCAUCCCGGUGCCCAUCACUAUUCCCGUCGCCGCGCCCGCCGCCUCGCCACCGCUGAACGACAGCUCGGACGCUCCCAGCAGCCCGCACGUAUUUGACCUCCCGCACUACUCGCCCAUCUCGUCGUACGAGGAGGAGAGGGAUGAAGAGGAGGAGGAGGAGGAGGAAGAGGAGGAGGAUGAGGAGCUGGCAGAAGUGGAGGAGGAGGAGUCAGCGGAGGAGGGCGAGGUCGGGAGGCAGAAAUCAGACCCUCAGGAAGAGGAUGGGGAGGUGAUGGAGGAAGAGGGGGAGGAGUAUUUAGACGACGACGACGAUGAAGAGGAGGAGGAGGAGGAAGAGGAGGAGGAGGAGGAGUGACGCACAGUGACUUGGAGGAGUCACUACGGAGAGGAGGCAUUACACAAGCAGCCCAGUCUGUCACUGUUUGUAACGAGCAGCUGGAUGUACGGAGGAACUUACAGGACAAAACUAAAUCAACACGUAAAUAAAUUCUCUCCAUAAAAGAAUAAAAACAAACUGUAGAAUCUCAUAAAUCUUUUUAUUUAGUAUUCAUUUAGUUUUGUCCUCGCAAUCGCUAUUAAAAAAAAACGAAACCUUUUCCUGGAUUUCCUCGGUCCACGCUGUCGGGAAACGGUUCAGUGACUUUGCACACACUGGCGCUGACUGCACCUUCACCUGAGAGGAAACAAAGACGCAUAUUUCACUCCGACUUUCACUUGUUUUCUCCACAUUUUGACUGAUUUCACCUGCUGGUUCUGUUGGUUUUUAUUUUCUUUCUGUAGUAUUUAAGGUGUCACGUGUGUCAGUAGUUGGAGGCGGUCGUUGUGUCGGCAGCAUCGCGGAGCCGGUGUGUUUCACGCUGGAGAGAGGACGGCACUGUAGCUUCCUGCCGAAGGUACGACGAACUCUUCGGCAGUCACGUGAAAGUUUAUCUGUGAAUGAACCAACCAGCCUCAACUGGAGCCUCCCUAAGCCCCGCCCCCUCUGCUCUGCCUCCUCUCCUGUCCUUAGAUAUGCUUUAUGCUAAGCUAAUCUAUGUUGAAAGACAACCACAUUUUGAAGAUGGUAUUUAUUAUCUUUUAACCAUGUUCAACGUAGCUUAGCGUAGCACACAGCAUCUCUUAUCUUCCGAAAGGGGCGGGACUAAAAGGAAGCGUUUUAUUUGUGCUUUUUGGGUUGGUGGACUUUUGUUUACGUCUUUCAGGAGUUUCAGUAGGAUAAAUUCGGUUUGUUGUGGACGCCGUCGCUUCCGUUGAUGCUCCAGAUCUUCUCCACUUCCUCAGAUCAGUUAGAUGCUGUUUGAUCAUGUGAUCGGCCGCCUGGCGUGGCCUCGUAGUUCUGGACUGAAGCUGCCAGCAGCCAGUAUUGGAAAAGACACUUUAUCUAAAUUUAAUGCCAAAAAAAAAAAACAGGAUUUAAAAUGGACAUUCAGCGUUGGACUGUUCCUCCACGCCAUCGAACGCUGGGAACGCCUCGCCCUGAUGAUUGCUGGCGGUCUGUAGGUUUGCUCCAGUGUGUACGCUGUGCUCUGUAGUCGUUAUUUAUAAACCGUUCUGUGACGCACAAACGAUGGCGAGGGAGCUCCUCGUUCCCUCCUCGUCUCUCACUCUCUGCCGGAGGGAGAAACUAAAGUCUUCAGAUUGGACGCGAGACGCUUGAAACGACGGCCAUGAUGCUUUGCACUCGCAGUUAUGUGUUCUUGCCACACGUGUUUCGCUCUGUCUUCAAGCUUAAUAUUGUCUGUGUGUGAUCUGCCAAUGCCUUAGAGUGUAUUUCUUUGGAGAUAUUUUUAAGGAAUGGUUGGAGAAGUGUCCCUACUAAUGCCUUUUUACAGUUGCCCUACAAGCAAUGUUUCAUUCCAGUGUAAUUAUGACCUGUUAGAUCUCAACCGUUCACCUGUUAAAACAACUGCUAUAUAAAUAUAUAAGAAAAAGAAGUUAUGAAAUAAGCUUUGUGCCGGCCUCGUUCUUUAUUUAUUCAUUUAUUUACUGGUCAGAUAUUAAGUUACAGAGAAAACAGUGAGUUAAAAAUUAAAGCCAUGAUACUGUUUGUGAGAUUGUGAUCAAUAAUAUGAGAUAAAACGUCAGAAUUGUGCUCUUUUAUCUUAUAAUUUAAACUUUUCAUUAUAAUUUUUUUCUUUUAUCUCACAAUUAUUUACCUUUUUUUGACCUUUUAUCCCAUAAUUGUGACUUUUUAUAAUGUUAUCAUCAAUCAUGGUAUGGUUGAUCGGUGUAUAUGAAUGUUUUAUUUAUCAUAGCAUCUUUAAAUCAUAUUAGAUAUUUAAAACCUUAUCAUUUAUGGCUGUAAAUUCAUUUAAUUAAAUAAAAUCACAUAAUUAAACAUUGCAGGAAGAUCUAGUGAGCAAAUGUAAUUAUUUAACCACCAAAGUGCUUUAAAACAUAUCAGAAAAGGCUAAUUAGCCUCACUGGAUCUAGUUAAUAAAAAUAAACAAUGUUAUAACUUGUUACACAUUUAGUUUAGCAUAUGUAGAAAACACGAGACAUGUUUCAGAUUAUCAGAAAGUCUGAGCAGUGAGCCAAAUGCUUAUUAUCCUCACUGGAUAAGUGGUUGCUGAAUGCUAACAAAGUAAUAUUUGUUUUAUCUUGGUUGAUUUUAAUGUCCUGUACGGUUGUGAAUGCUCUUUUUAUUUCAUUAUUUUUUAUCAUUUUUAAUUAUAAUUAAUUAAUUGUUUUAUUAACGUUUACAUGUAUACCAAAAAUAUAACUUUUAAUUAACUAUUUGUUGGAUUUUUACCUU